GAGGCUGACCUCGUGCGAGAUCAUGUGUUGAACUUCCUUAUUGCCGACAUCAAGCUCGCAUCCCCCACAUCAACCACGUGUGUCGCAUUUGUACUGCUGGACGUAGGAGACCACAGCCCCGCGGCUAUCACGGGCAGUGGGGAGUGCGCUGGAGAUCGCAUGGUGCUGGACUGCACCAACUACGCGGACGACUCCACCUGUCUGCGAACAAUGUUGGAUUUGGUGGUCCAGAGCAUCGCUGCAGGUGACUGUGGCUCGAGCGAGGUAGGUAGAACGUAUGGCGUCGAAUGCGCUGCGUAG